CUCCUCCUCCUACCCUUUCGUACCACAUGCCACGCGACGCGUCAUAAAGGCUCUCUCAUGGCGGAGAGAGCGGCCUAGCUGUUCCGAUCCAAUUUCCAACGAACUUCCUCUGACAGCUAGCAUAGCAAGGCAUACAGGGACCUAAGAAAAUCAGCAGCGCCUGCGGUUGGUCCGUCCAAGAAAUCUAGUUAUUUCGAGACUCACCAUUCGCCUUAUGGGAGGCUGUUUGCUUCUCUGCGGACAAAAGCUUUUAAUAUGCUACAGUACAGUACCACGACAAGCCCAGGUUUUACCAAGCUUAGCCCGCGCCAAAGUUUUAGUCUCCUCCACCAAGCUUUAGUAUCCUACGCCAGACUUUUAUGCUGUUCAUUACAGUCCAGUACAGUGCAGUUCUGUACAGCACAGUACAGUAAUCCUUCGCCUGAGAAUCAGUAUGCAUAGAAUUGCCGACGAGCCAAAUGACCGGAAUCCGCUCUCUCGCGCAUAAGAGAUUGCUGAGCCGCAGCAUCCCUCGGCCUCAUGUUCGUCGCCUCAUGUUCGUCGCCUCAUGUUCGUGGAUCCUAGCAAGGUAUACGAGGAACGAGCGAGAAGGAGGAGGAAGAGGAGGACGAGAGCCUCUGAGAGGAGGGGUAGGGGGAAGGGGAAGCCCUGUUCAGUUAUUGUAUUCCAACGGAAGGCGUUUGAAAGUGUUGCUGGCCAAUCUGAAUCGGAUCUGACCAUAUCGAACUGGCAGCCAAUCCCAGGGGUAAAGUGCCGCCUCUCCCGUGGAGUUCGAAACACAGCGCAGCGACCGAUCCCUGUCGAAUGCCGCAUCAUGCGGGCAGCCCGCUACGUAGGACUAGAGCAACAGCUAGCUGCUUGAAGCAAUGCGAGAGCCUCCCUCUCAGAAGGUGGGUGGAUGGCAUGGCAUGGAUUCGUGAGAGCUCAUCUGGGCGUCACUUCCCACGCCGGAUCCGUGCUUUAUCCGUGCUUUUAUCCUCUCAACUUGAGACGAAACCAAUGCCAGGGACGAGCGCCAUUGGUCGCCUCAUCCAGCCGGGAUAAGCGGUCACGUGGGGCUGCUAGCUGGCCUGCUUAUGCUUUUGCUGAGUUGACUCAGCCGCAACGUCAUGCUGCCAUGAUGCUAAUGCCAUUGGUAGUAGUGUCCCGCCUCCCGCCGUUGCCGCUACAACAAAUUCCUGUCAGCCCGUCGAGCUUCACUAUUGCUCGGUAAUAGUGGUGAUAGAAACCCCUCGUCGCUCUCCGUUGUUGGAGUACGGAGUCGUCCCUCCUUGGGAAUUCCUGGCCUUGGCAAUCCCAAACCUUGGGAGUACCGAUCCAGCCAACCAAGCUGCCUCGCGUCGCCUCCGCGUCGUCCAACGCGUCGCAACCAGGGGGUCCGGAAACCCGUGCACCAGCUUAGCAGAAUCGCAAAGCUGCUAUGCACUGCACUUGACGAGUCAGACUCUUCAGGCCGAACUCCAAGACUUGAACUCUGAGAACCACUGCAAGACUCCAACUCCUCCAGCCAUGGCCACCGUAACGCUCGUGUCUUAUCAAGCGGAGCAUCAUCAGCUGGAGCCACCUCCCUGCACUCACCCCCCUCCCCCCUCCGCGUCCCCCUCUCCCCCCUCUCACUCUGCUCACCCCCCUCCCUUCGCGUCCCCUGCCCUCUCGCUGCGCGGAACCUUCCGGCGGCUUCUGCUGGGGCGCCAGCUGUCGGAUGAUGUGGCGCUGCAGGCGCUGGAGGGGCGGCUGCAGCUGCUGGACGCGCACAGGGCGCUCAGCAGCGUGCGGUGCGAGCGGUUCGUGGCCGCCUUUCAGGCGCAAGGGGGGGCGCCUAGAGAGGGGAGAGGGGAGUUUCGUCAAGAGGAGGGAGAAGGAGAGGGUUUCCAGCAAGAGGAAUUGGAAACGGGAAGGGAGGAGGAGAAGAAGCAGCAGCAGGAAGCGGAGGCAGAGGCAGAGUGGGGGGCAGAGUGGGGGGCAGAGUGGGGGGCAGAGUGGGGUCUUGCUGAACGGGGUGCAGGAGGCUUGGCUGGUGAAGUGUGGCAAGGGGUGACUGUUGGAAAGUCCAUGCAACAAGGGGCUGAGGGAUAUACGCAGCAUGGGCGCUCAUGGAAGGCUGAUCUGGAGUAUUACGACGAGCCAAGGAGGAGGUCCUAUUCACUCGGAGCCAUGCCUCCUCCUCCCUCCCACAGAUACUGCGACUACUCCCUUGAAUCUGCUCCCUCCCGCACCUCCACUGUCCGUUCCGUUGCCCCUAAAAGACGAAGCUUCUCUGGGGUUACAGAGAAGCUUCGGAGAAGUUUCACUGGGUCCGGAGCCUGCCCAAGGAGGCGAAGCUUCUCCGGUGCUCCAGAGAGUCUUCAGAGAAGCUUCCCCAGUGCUCCAGAGAGGCUUGAGAGAAGUUUUACUGGUCCACCAGUGGAGCACCAGAGAAGCUCUUCUGGUGCCUGCCCCCAUGCAUCUCCUCAUCACAAGCAGCACCAUCGAUGUCGUGCCACCAACCAGCAUCACCAUCACCACCAUCCCAGCAAUCACGAGCCUCUCCCUCAACUUCUACGGUAGAAUACGAGCAAGGAACUGGGCCAUCUCGCAAUACAGGCACUACCAAAUUGGCAGUAGUCACCUCGUCUAGAGUCCAAGCCUACUCCCCAUAUACCAAGGUUUGUAAUAGAAUAGAGUGUUAUUUUAUCUGGACAUAAGCCCCUGCAGCCGCUUUUUUUUAGUUUGUAAUAUGCUGUGAAUUAGUCAUGCAAUAACCAUUUCACGUUACA